GAUAAAGCAGCGAUUUAGCUGAAACAACUGCUACUAUUAAUAAAGUGACAUAUUAUAUUUGCUGCGAGUGAAACAAGAAUUUAUCAACGAACGAAAACAAGAAAAACACAAGCGAAGAAUUUUUCUCAUCAUAUGUCAUAGCGCAUCGAACUCUCUAUUUAUUUAAUAUUUAAUAUAUUCUAUUUAUGAUGUCUCCUUCUUCAUUCAACUCUCAAGUUAUUUAUUUGAUUUUAUUUAUCGGGGCAUCGCUGCUUCAGAUGUCUGCAUCACUGUCAUCAAAACAUAUACAACGUCGCCAAGAACUUUUAUUAAGAAACUUUGAAGAAUUAAGUAAAGCAUCAAGCGAGGCGACCAUCCACACGAUUCGACCGCAAAGAAUCGACAGGAACGGUGGCUUUAUUGAAUUCGCGACACUCGACCCAAUUUCAUCAAGGUCCGGUGGAAAACUACGUAAACGACGCAGUGUCGAAGCUACUAACGUUCUAGACACGCUGGACGCAGCGGCUGCCACUGCAGAUGGCAACCACGAAGUAUUUUACGAUCUCGGGGAAGCUCCCGGUUCACCGCUGUCCGGAGCCAAGCUUCGACUAACAAGAAAUUACAAACUUGUCUCGAAAAACUUUGUCGUAGAGGAACGAUCAAGGGCAGGAAAGAUCCGUUCGAGGCAUACUAAGCUGGAAGAAUGCCAUUAUGUUGGAGUAAUCCAUAACCAUAAUAGUUUCUCAAAAGUCGCACUCAGUCUUUGCAACGGAAUGCAAGGUUUGAUUACGAAAGACGACGAUACUUUUUUCAUUGAACCCAAAUGGAAUCACACGAGUAACUCAACGUCGUCAGAAUUUUCCACAACAGCUUCACCUCAAGAAGUUGAAGAAGGUCAUCCUCAUGUAAUCGUCAAGAGAUCCGCAAUCCGGAGGUUGAUGGAAAAAACUGAAAACGAUGACGAGCUUGGUCAUUGUGGAAAUGCAGAAGUCGAUUUAAAAAGUAAACAAGAAAAAGCACCCAAAGAAGAAUCCUCGUCAAGCCACAGAUCGCAUCAUCAUAAGAAACAGUUUGAAGACUUGGACUUUGAAUCUUUAUCAAACCACCGAACCAGCGCUGGUCGCCGUCGGGGUUUGGAGGAAGAUUCGACCGAGGAAGUGACAAAUGAAGAAGAUAUCGCGAAGAGUCGAGGGAAGAGAUCCAUCAGCACUGAAAGGAAUGUUGAAACUAUGGUAGUCGCUGAUAAAAUGAUGAUGGUAACUCACGGGAAGCAAGAGUUGGAAAAAUACAUCUUAACCAUCAUGAACAUUGUUGCUAGUUUUUACCACGACGCAAGCAUCGGGAACGCAAUCAACAUUAUCAUCACAAGAGUUAUAAUCCUCACAGAGGACCAGCCCAACUUGGAGAUAAGUACCCAUGCCGGGAACACACUCAACAGUUUCUGCGAAUGGCAAGCGGGUGUUAACAUUAACUCCACUGGAGAUUCGUCGGACAGCGGACUUGCCCAUCACGACAACGCUGUCUUACUUACUGGAAACAAUAUUUGUGCGAACGAUUUCGCCCCAUGUGCAACGCUUGGAAUGGCAAACGUUGGCGGGAUUUGCGAAAACGAAAGAAGCUGCAAUAUCAACCAAGAUACUGGCUUGGCUUCAGCAUUUACUAUUGCACAUGAAAUCGGCCACAACUUUGACAUGGAACACGAUGGGACAAACAACGACUGUGGGCCCAGGAAUGGCGAACCCUCACAAAUCAUGUCGCCCCAGUUGACCAAAUAUACAAGCCCGUUCAGUUGGUCUUCUUGUUCAAAAAAAUACAUCACAGAUUACCUUGAUUCCGGAUCUGGCGAUUGCCUUUUAAACACGCCACCACAAAGAGAUUUUGACUUUCCUUCGGAGUUACCCGGCCAGUUGCACGAUGCUGACGAACAAUGCAGGCUGCAGUACGGUGCCUCGUCCAGACAAUGUAAAUACGGGGACGUAUGCAGAGAAUUGUGGUGUAUCAGUAAACUCGGAUAUUGCGUCACAAACAGCAUGCCAGCCGCUACAGGAACCAACUGUUCUGAAGUUAACCGAGGGUGGUGUUAUCGUGGACAUUGUGUGCCAUACGGUUACCGUGCUGAUUCAGUUGACGGUCAAUGGGGCGAAUGGACAUCAUGGGGCGAAUGCUCAAGAACUUGUGGGACUGGUGUCAGUUCUUCCCAUCGUAGUUGUGACAGCCCUGCUCCAGAACACGGCGGCAAAUACUGCUUGGGUGGUCGGAAGAGAUACAGAUCGUGCAACACACAGGAGUGCCCGAAUCCUAAAAGUGACUUCCGACAAGAGCAAUGUGCACGUUUUGACACUGAGCCGUUUCAAGGAAGAUAUUUAAAUUGGAUCGCUUUUGAUGGAGGUUACCAAGUUAAACCAUGCGCAUUGAACUGCAAACCAGAAGGAUACAGCUUUUAUGCUGAACGAGCCGGAGCCGUUAUUGACGGUACACGAUGUUUUUCAAAUUCUCUUGACAUGUGCAUCAACGGCGAAUGCCACCACGUCGGUUGUGACCACGUAUUACACUCGGAUGCUGUUGAAGAUAAAUGUCGAGUGUGCGGUGGAGACGGAAGCACUUGUCGAACCGAAGCUGGUGUUUUCAAUCUUCCUGUCACUAGAACACAAUACCAAGAAGUAAUCACCAUUCCAAAAGGCUCAGUUAACAUUUUCAUUCAAGAAUUAGAAAUUUCUGUUCAAAACUAUAUUGCUUUAAGAAAUACUCGCGGAGACGAAUACAUUAACGGUGGUUGGGCGAUUGACUGGCCACGAAAAUUCGACAUUGCCGGAACCACCUUUUCGUACAAACGACCAGCUGGAGAACCGGAGUCGCUACAAGCACUUGGGCCAACCACUGAAGACCUUGUCGUCAUGAUGCUUCUUCAAGAACCAAACAGAGGGUUAAGAUAUGAAUACAAUGUCCGUGUUGAACGUGAAGGUAGUGCUGGCGCUGAAUCUGCGUUUUUAUGGAGUCAUGGCGACUGGAGUCCGUGUACAGCAUCAUGUGCCGGUGGAACACAGCGACGACCUAUUGAAUGCAGAAGAGUUGAUGAUGAUACAGUUGUACAACACAGCUAUUGUAACUCUGACACGAUGCCAUCCGAGCAAGUACAGACAUGCAACGCCGAGCCUUGCCCCGCACGAUGGAUAACCGGGUCGUGGGGACAAUGCAGUCGUUCAUGUGACGGCGGCCACCACGUUCGAACCGUGGUCUGUAUGCGUGCCAUCACACAAACCGAGGACGAGGUGGUUGAUGAUAGAUACUGCACAGACAGGAAACCCUGGUCCACCGGUUCAUGCGGUACUGAGGCUUGCCCUGCUCGAUGGCAUACAGGAGAUUGGUCACGGUGCAACCCUUCGUGCGGUGCCGGGUGGAAAACACGAGUGGUCACGUGUGCAUCAGCAAAUGGUGACGAAACUUAUGAUGACAGCCAAUGUGACGUCAACCAAAAGCCAACAGUGAAGGCACACUGCAUGGGCAGAGCAUGCAGAGCGAAAUGGGUCACUUACAAAUGGGGACAGUGUUCCGCGACUUGUGGCCGAGGUACGAAACGACGAAGAGUUGUGUGUAUUGACCCAGUCACCAACAGAGCUUCCAACACCUGCUCUCGUAAUAAGAAACCGAAGACAACGGUAUCUUGCUCAAGUAGUUCACCAAGCUGUGUUCGAUCCCCGGUUCGUGCCCCUGCUGCUGGUCGAUGUAUUGAUGACCCUAGUGUGGCAUACUGCCCGUUGGUUCUACAGUUCCAUUAUUGUAACCGAGCUUACUUCCGCAAGGCAUGCUGUGCCACCUGUUCCAAAAGCCGGUGAUAAAGUGCCAUCUUACCUCAAUCGCCACUUCUUGUGGAAUCCUUCAAUAUACGACGCCAAAAAAGCUUGGCAUGCUUUGGAAUAAGACACAAGGCAAAUCGGUUCACUGUGAGGAUCAAAGAGGUGAAGUACAAGAGGGUGAAAAAACGACAGUAAAACUUCUUGUACUUCAAAGAUACGAUGAUACAUACCAAGUAGCGUUUUACGAUGUAUUAAUUCAGCAUUCGCGUGUCUUACCGCCAUUUUUAUGUUUAUGCGGUACAGCUAUAUUAUCGUUUUGUAUACACUUUUUAUACAGCACUUACGGGUUGAGCCCUGGCCUGCGCUUAUUACAUAUUAGCUACCUUUCUACCUACGUUUCCCUUCUUAAUUAUGCGCCCGUUUUUAACUAUAAAGUUGUUCUAUUUUUUCAAUUUAUCGUGCGUUUAUAAUAUGUAAUGAUUACCAGUAAAUAGAUUUUAAGACGCUUUUAUUAUUUGUUGUUGCCUUUGUUUGCGCUGUUACAAGUGUUGGUGCUGAUAAGAUGCCUUACAGUCCCCAGCAUCUCUUGGUAUUUUGAAAGUUCAAGUUUCUCUUGAAAUGUGAAAAGGCUUUUGUGUUAUCGUCGUGCCUACUUACAGGCGCAUAUGUUAUGUUCCUAUGUUCACGGUACUAUACUUGUAUUGUUGUAAUCGUUUUUUUUAUUUUGCAACCCGCGGUGCGGCAUUAAUGCUAUCUCUAACAUUUUGGUGCAUAUUGCAUCAAUUGAUUUAUUGUGUAUUUUUAAUGCCGAUGACAGCUAAUUGAAAACGUUUCAAUACAACUCUUUUCACAAUAUA